AUGGAUCCCUUCGAAGUCCGCAUGCAGUUCCUUGCGUUGCUUCGGCGGUUAGACGCCUCCCAACAGUCCAUCAAAAAGAUAGUGGGAUUUGCACUGAAGUACUUCUCAUCUUGUGGAGAGGAUUUAUGGGAUUGCAUCGUCGAAGAAUGCCAAAAGGGCUCGCUCAACAGCCGUAUCAACAUCCUGUACCUGCUUGACUCGCUAUGUGAGACGUGUCUGCUAGCGAAACCACAUACAGGCGCUGCGCGCGACACGGGCCAGAGCUCCUCGUCCUAUGUCGACUACCUCUCGCGCGACCUCAGCAAGCUCGUGGACUACGUCGUACCUCCCGGACAGCAGGGCAUGCCGAACUUCAUGAGUACUGUACAAGUUCUCGAAAGCUGGCGUACCAAGCGCGUGAUCGAGCCACAAAAGCUUGAUGAAGUCCUUGCCAUUUUGGACACCCGCCGGGCGACCGCGUCCCUCCCCUCUGAGCGCGACUCCUCCGCCGCACCCCCUCUCGACCCGUUCGAGAUCAAGAAGCGUAUGGAGGAGGACCGCGAGCGGCACAAGCGCCUGCGGGAGCGGCGCUGGGUCCAGCCCAUCUCGCACAACCUCUAUGGGCUGCACCCGCUCGCGAGCUUCCUGCCGCUAACCGACGACGGGGAUGGGCCGGGGGAGCUGACGCUGGAUAUUGAGUUUGACAACGAGUGGGAGACGACGAGCGACUGGAACGAGGACGACGACGAGGCGAUCGCUGAGGAGAACGCGAUGUGUUACCCAAGUAGUGGGGAGGGGGACGAGAUGGACUUGUCAUGA